AUGUGCAACUAUAAGUCCGAGGUGCAAUCCGUGGACUUCCAGACUAAGGCUCCUGAAGUUGCUAGUCAAGUGAACUCUUGGGUAGAGAAUGUCACAACAGGUCUCAUCAGAGAGAUCCUCCCUGAAGGGUCUAUUGACUACAACACUAGACUGGUUCUUGGUAAUGCCCUUUAUUUCAAAGGACUUUGGAAUGAGAAAUUUGACGAAUCUAAGACAAAAUACGACAAGUUCCACCUUUUAAAUGGGAACACUGUUCAAACACCAUUCAUGUCCAGUACAAAUAAGCAAUACAUUUCAUCUUCCGACGGCUUGAAGGUACUUAAGCUUCCAUAUCAGAAAGGUGGAGACAAUAGGCAAUUCUCCAUGUACAUUCUUCUUCCGGAAAGACUUGAUGGUCUCUGGACCUUAGCCAAUAGGUUGAGCACUGAAUCAGAGUUCAUCGAGAAGCAUAUACCAACGGAGAAAGUUGUAGUUCAGCAGUUCAUGCCGCCAAAGUUCAAGAUAUCAUUUGGAUUUGAAGCAACCAAUUUGCUCAAGAGUUUGGGUCUUCAGUUGCCAUUUAGCAAAGAGGCAAACCUUUCAGAGAUGGUGAAUUCUCAGGUGGGCCUAUUCCUCUCAUCUGUUUUCCACAAGUCAUUUGUCAAAGUGAACGAGCAAGGAACUGAGGCUGCAGCGGCAACUAGUGUAGCGAUCGAACAACAACAGAUGCCCAUUGUGAUGGACUUCAUUGCAGAUCACCCUUUCCUCUUCCUUAUCCGAGAAGACGUCACUAGUGUGGUUCUCUUCAUCGGUCAUGUGGCAAAUCCCCUCAUGUCUUCAUAA